UUUAUAAAAGCGUGGUUCAGUGGAUGUUUCAGGGUUCAAAUCUCCCCGACGAAUGUCUUAAAUACUAUUCAAAAUACUAGUAUGAAGAGUAUAACACGUAACAUAACAUGAAGUAUGUUUUGUUUGUUGUAAUUCAUUUGUCAUUAAAUGUCCAGUGUUUCUUUAAAUUCUCUAACAUAAAUAACUCAUUUACUAAACAUUCAUCCAGCAGCUGUGCAAACAAGCCGAAACAAAUAUGCACCAUUAUUCAUCAAUGCUUUAGGAUGGCAAUCACAAAAACCAAAAAAUAUGAAGACCAAGUCAGUAACGUCAUGCAAUUAACAGUGAAUUAGUUCUCUUCGAAAUCUUGAUACGACUGUUUCGCUAUGAUUGUAUCCAUUAGCAUAUCAUUAUUUUUAUUACAAGUUAUUUUUAUGAAAUCUAGUAACUGUGAUUAUUACACUUCCAUAGCAGGUUUGGACGACGUUUUGAGUGUGGAAUUUUACUUAAUAGAACUUUUUGACGUUUACAUUACACAGGCAGAGGAAGUGAACAAUGCAGUGAAAAGGAUAGUUUUUGAUAUGGAGAAAGAAAUGAAUAGCUCAUUGACAUUAUUGGAAACGCACUAUCAAAACCCUUUGCACGCAUUUAAAAUAUUAAAAAGAUUGGUGGUAGACUGGAAACAAGUGGAAAAACUAUUCAUUACUAAUGAAAUUGCCGAAGUAUUUUCACAAAAUUUAACAAAACUUGAAGGAGUGGGGUUUAAAUGGCCAACAAGAGAAGAUUUACAAGGCGCAAGUAACGGUUUAGUGCGAUUGCAACAAACAUAUAAUAUCAGUACCAACGACAUAGCAAAUGGCACAGCACUUGGAAAAGUGUUAAGCAGACAACUGUCAGCAGCAGAUUGUUUUGAAUUAGGAGUCACCUUAUAUGAAACUUCAAAUUUUCAAUUUGCUAUUGAGUGGUUAAUGAAAGCAAAAGUUCGCUUAGAAAAUGAAAGUUUAGACAUAAAUUAUACACUUACCUUUCCACGCGUUUUCGAUGCACAAAUUUUGCACUACUUAUCACUUACUAUGUUCAGUAUAGGCAACUUAAAAAUGGCACAGCGUUUCAAUUUUAAACUUUUAAUCCAGGAUCCCGAAAGUCAGGAAGGGCUACAAAAUAAAAUUAUUAUUCUUCAGAAUCUCUUAGAUGAUAGACGUACACUUUACGUUACUGACUCUAACCAAAAAAAGGAUAACUUGCAGGAACUAUACGAAAAGGUUUGCCGCAAAGAAAUUACGCAAACGCCAACACAACAACGCGUUCUUCAUUGUCGCUAUGUUACUAACAAUACUCCUUUUGCCACAAUUGCUCCCUUUAAAAUGGAGAUACUUAAUCAAGAUCCUUUAGUAGCAUAUUACCAUGAAGCGAUAUAUGAAAAUGAAAUUAACUAUAUAAUCAAUAAAACAGUAAACAUUGUUGAAAGAUCUAAAAUAGGCGACCGUCUUAUGCAAGCAUAUUCUGAAAUAAGAACAAGUAAAAACUCUUGGUUACACCACAAUGAUCACAAAUACUUAGAAAAUUUAAGACAACGUUUACAUGACAUAACACUGUUAGAUUUGACAAGUGCAGAAGCACUACAAGUAGCUAACUAUGGUAUAGGUGGUCACUAUGGACCGCACUACGAUUUUUCAGAGAUUCCAGAUUCAUUUCCAGGAACCGGUAAUCGAAUACUUACCGCUUUAUUCUAUAUUAAUGACGUUGAACUCGGCGGAGCAACAGCCUUUCCAUUUCUGCACCUCUCCGUGUCACCAAUUAGACGCAGUGUUCUAAUUUGGUACAACAUGCAUGAAUCACUUGAAUAUGACUACCGCACUAAGCACGCUGGUUGUCCUGUUUUGAAAGGUUCUAAAUGGAUUUGCAACGAAUGGUUUCAUGAGAUUGGUCAAGAAUUUAAGCGUCCGUGUAUGUUACAACCAAAUGGGAACAUUUCAAUAGAUUUCUGUAUGAUGUGGAAGACGAACUUCAGUAUAGAGAUAGCCAAAACGAUUCAUAUUAUGAUAAUCCUAUUAAUGCCUUUAAAACAUAUGAAAGCGCUGGAGUUGCAUGAAAACUUAAAACUACCAUAUCCCGAUGAUCUGAUGGGCGCUGCACGAGGUAUAGCGAGAUUGCAAAAAACGUAUAGACUAAAAACUGAAGAUGUGAGACAAGGAUACAUCAGAAAAAUAAAAGCUAGUCCACCUCUGAGUUCCUCAGAUGCAUUUUAUCUUGGUCUUAAUUUGAUGCAAACUGAAAACUAUGUAUAUGCUAUGGAAUGGCUAACAGAAAGCCUUAAGAUAUCCGCACAAGAACUGCUCUCACAAACUUAUAAAUCCAUCGAUUCCUUAUUCAUUGAAGAAGAACAAAUAUUGGAACAACUUGCUGCAGCUUCCUAUUUUAAUGGUGAUCUUAUUUUUGCCAACUGGUUAACAAAACAAAUGCUACAACUAAACUCCACAAAUUUGAUUGCCUCGGAAAAUGCACAAUUUUAUUCUGAAGCAAUGAGUAAAGCCCGAUUCAGAUUGGAACAUACAACUCAACCACAAUUAAAUGUUGUUGACAGAAAAAAAGAAAUAAUGAUCAAGGCGGUAGACCAAUAUGAGAAGGUUUGCAGCGGUGAAGUAACACAAACUCCAGCCCAACAACGAAAUCUUCGAUGUAAGUAUUCUCAUAACAACGUACCUUUUUGCAUGAUUGGACCUUUUAAACUUGAAGAACUGUGCUUGGAACCUUAUAUUGCGAGAUAUUACGACAUUAUAUCUGAUAGUGAGAUCAAAGAAAUUUUGUUUAAGUCCACUAAAAGUAUCGAACGAUCGAGAGUAUUUGGUGCUAGCACUGAAGAGAGAAUAUAUUCCGAAAUGCGUAUCAGCAAAAAUUCGUGGCUUUGGUAUCAUCAGAAUCCUUCUAUGAACAACCUAAAACAACGCUUGGAAGAUAUAUCUGGACUAAGAAUGGACUUCUCUACAGCAUUGCAGGUGGCUAAUUAUGGAAUUGGCGGCCAUUAUGAACCACACUGUGAUUUUCGUUAUACAAGUAAAGAAUUCGGAUCGCGUGGAAAUCGAGUUAAAACAGCUUUGCUAUAUCUUAAUAAAGUAGAAAUGGGAGGUGCUACAGCGUUUCCCUUUCUAAGCUUUGCAGCGGAGCCUAUUAGAGGUAGUUUAAUAAUAUGGCGGAAUUUACAUAAAUCUGGUGAAGGGGAUUAUCGUACUAGACAUGGAUCAUGCCCAGUUCUAAAAGGCACUAAAUGGAUUGGCACUGAAUGGAUACACGAAUAUGGACAAAUAUUAAAUUGCGACCUUAAAUCAGACUCAUAUUUAUCUCUUGCGUUUGUGGCACCUGGUUUAAGUUCUGUGAUUAAAAUUCAUUUUGAAAGUCGCUAUGGAAUGGAAAUCAAAUAUUGUGUUAAUCUUAAUGACAUUGACUCUACUGAAAUAUAUCUACAUAUAGAAGAAAACCUAUUAAUACAGACUAAACAACAAAAUGAAUUUAAUAAAAAUAACCCACUGCUUAUGCUAGAGAUGCUUAAACGAUUAUCCUUAGAAUGGAACAGAAUAUCCAGCAAUAUACUUAAUAAUUCAAAUGUUGAAGGCUUCGAAACAAACAUUAAAACUUACUUUGAUGACCCUACUGAAUUGUACCAACAACCAGAGUACUCUGAUCUUAUUGGUGCAGGAAUGGGAUUAGUUAGAUUACAAAAGACCUAUAAAUUACCGACAAGUGAAAUCGCAAAUGGAACACUGUUAGGAAAAAAAUAUAGCGCAAUAUUGACUGCAUGUGAUUGCUUCGAAUUUGGUAAAUUAUUGCACAAGCUUAGUUAUUUUAAAAACGCCAAAGAAUGGUUUCUUCUAUCACACACAAAAUUUGUAAACGAAAUGGGUGAUAACUGCUAUCCACAAUUAAAAGUUACUGAUAUUCUUAAUUAUAUAUUCAAUUCAACAAUAAUUGAAGAUGAAUUUAACUUUCAAAAGAAAAGCCUUACUACUUUCGACCAAGAUGAGUAUACAUAUGAUGAGAUCAUUGCUUUUGAUACUGAGUUUGACGACGAUGAGCUGAAUCAAGAGUAUAUAGCGGACCAUAACGAGCUCAUGUCAAACGAUCUUUACGAAGGCACAUGCCGAGGAGAAUACGUACAAACAGCAACAGAAAAGCGUUUACUUCGCUGUAAAUAUGUUCACAAUAAUGUAGCUUAUCGAAUAAUUGGUCCCUUCAAACUAGAAGAAUAUAAUUUAAAGCCAUACAUUGUGCAAUAUUACGAUGUGAUUUCAAAUACUGAAAGUGAUUAUAUUAUUGAUAUAGCCUAUGAUAAUCUAAAUGCAUCAAGAAUUGGAGAUAAUGUUGUUGAUACAAAUUUACGGACUAGUAAAAAUACGUGGCUCGAUUUAAUAUUGGACAAAAAUCUGAUUAAUUUAAGUGAUCGAUUAACGGAUAUGACUGGGUUAAAUCUAGAGUAUUCUGAAGCAUUACAAAUAGCAAAUUAUGGAAUUGGGGGUCAUUAUGACCCACACUUUGAUUUCACAGAAGAUGUCGAUUUAGAAGAUCUAGGGGAAGAAGGAAAUCGAAUAUUAACAGCCUUAUUUUAUAUCAAUGAUGUCGACUUAGGCGGAUCUACAGCAUUUCCUUUCUUACGAAUAAAUGUGCCUCCAAUCAAAAAUAGCUUACUUGUUUGGCAUAACCUCCAUAGAUCUGGAUCACCUGAUUACCGAACACUUCAUGCUUCUUGUCCUCGACUGACAACUGAUUGGACUCAAAUUAUUGAUUAUGCAGAAAAAUUGGAACCCUCUGAAGUGGAAAUGAACUUGAUGGCUAUGGAGGAAAAUCUAGCCUAUCCUACUGAACGUGACUACGACGAGUCCGUUGCUAAUUUAUUGCGCUUGCAGCAAUUUUACAACUUGGAACCAGAACAUUUAUCUAUAGGCGAAAUGAAUGGAAUAAAAUUUGGUUCAGAAAUGACGUGGAGUGAUUGUCUGGAAAUUGGUCGACAGUCUUUAAUAAUCGGUAACCAGAACAUAGCAAAAUUUUGGAUUGAGUUGGCAUUAAGUAAGUUACCUACAACAUCCAAGAAUAUCAGUAGCACAGCGAAAAAUACAAUAUUUGAAGUUUUAAAGGCAGUUUUAAAUACAGAAUAUGCUUCGGGUAACUUUAACAAAUCACAUGACAUUGUAAAGAAAAUGCUAGAGUUGAAACCAACGCACAAAGGUGCACAAAAAGCAAAAACUCAAAUUGAAAGUAAAGUUCGAAGUAAAACAGGCGAAUCAAAAAAGAAUAUUGAAAAAAAGAAAAAACUUAAAACGACUGAGGAAGUAUGGUUCGAAGAAAUAUGUCGAGAAGCAACUUUCACAACACAAGCUCCUCUUUCCAUCAGUGCCCAAAAAUUAUGUAAACUAGACAGAGGCAAUUUCCCACAACUCUUUUUACAACCGCUUAAAGUGGAGUUCCUAAGUGUGAAUCCCUUAAUUGUUAUAUACCAUGAAAUAUUUACUUUGAAACAACUAGAUAAUCUAAGGAAUUUACUGAAAAUAUUUAAAAGUGACAAUAGGGCAGUGGAAGAAUAUCAAAUAGAAGAUAUAUUGAUGUCGAUUAAACAAAUUUUGCAGUUAGUGACUGGAUAUUCAAGUAUCAAAUUAAGCGAUUGGAAAACUGAUUGCAAUAGUUUUGAAAAUUUUGGUCCCUUUGAUGCUGAAUAUUAUAAAAUUACUAGUGCAAAUAUCAUAGGAACUACAUUUUUAAAUUUUCAAGCAUCUAAGCUGGGUGGUGCUAUUGUCUUCCCUCAACUUGAGGUUGGUAUAAAUAUUCCUGUCAGAUCAUUGCUAUAUUGGUCAAAUUUAAAUGAGUUUCAUGAAGUCGAUUAUAGAACUGAGGCACAUUUAUGCCCUGUAAUUAUCGGUACUCAAAUAAGACGGAAGAAGCUGUAUUCAUUUUACCAUCAGACAGAGCCAAGAAUGUCUAACUUAAGCAUCCAUAAAACAAGAAAAGAAAAUAACAUUUCGAAUUUUAUUAUUAUUUCUGCAUUGAUUUUAUUUGUAUAUGUUGAAAAUGUUUACGCCUCUAACGAAUAUUAUUCCUCAGUAUCAGGUUUGGAGGAUUUAUUGAACACAGAGGCCAUUUUACUGCAAGAACUGCAGGAGUAUGUUAAUGGGGUAUCUAAACACUUAAGUGGCUUACAAAGUGAAAUUGAUGCCAUUCAAAAAGAACAUCUGAGUGCAUCACUGAACUUAGAUGGAUAUUUAAAUAAUCCUGUCAACUCAUAUCGUCUCAUCAAAAGACUACACAAUGAUUGGGGUUACUAUGAAGAGACCGUUCGUAAUGAGACAAGUCGCACAAGUUUUCUUGAAUCAUUGGAAGAGAAACGGUAUCUGAUGAAUUAUCCUAGCGAAAAUGAUCUUUUCGGCGCUGCAGUGGCUUUGGUAAGAUUGCAAGAAACUUAUAAAUUAGAUGUGACCGAGGUGGCAAGUGGAAUAUUGAACGGAAUUAAAUAUGGAACCGCUAUGUCAUGGCAGGAUUGUUUUACAUUGGCUCAUAACUUAUAUGAAAUGCGUGAUUUUAAUCACACAGUAUCGUGGUUAAAACAAUCAAUGAAAAUGUUAAGUUCGGAGCAAUACAGCAAUGAUCCCUUAGCGCUAGAUUAUAUGGAAAUCGUAUCAACGUAUCAUCAAGAAAUGGGAGAUUUUCAUACAGCACUGCAGCUGAUCAAUAAUGUCCUGUCCGUUGAUACAGAACGUGAAAAUUUAAUUGACACUAAAUAUUAUUUGAAGCAAAUGUUAACCAGCGGAGUAAAAAAGGGAUUUUUAUUUGAAACUAAAAUAAGUCCAGAUGACUACCGUCAAACUAAUGAAUUUAAGCUUUACGAAAAAGUCUGUCGCAAUGAAAUCGUUCCAACACGAAGACAACAGCGCCCAUUGCUCUGCAAAUAUCACACCAAUGGCUUACCUUAUCUCUUACUUCAACCUUUUAAAUUAGAGGAAUAUAAUCUAGAGCCAUAUGUUGCACAAUUUUAUGAUGUCAUUACUGAGAGAGAAAUAAUAGCUGUGAAGCGAUUGUCUAAAUUACGGCUUAAACGUUCGAAAGUGCGUAAUCCCAAUGGCAGUGAUAGUGGUGCAAUUGCGACGUACCGUACAAGUAAAAGUGCUUUCUUUAAAUAUAAUGAACAUCGCUACAUACAAAAUAUGUUGUUCCAAUUCGAGCUAAUUUCUGGUUUAAAUGUGAUUAAUGCGGAAGACUUACAAGUUGCGAACUAUGGUAUUGGUGGUCACUACGAACCACACUGGGACUUUUUCACAGAUAAUACAUCAUAUAAUGAAUGUGAUGGAAAUCGUGUAACAACGGCAAUUUAUUAUCUCUCCGAUGUUGAAGAAGGUGGCAGUACAGCUUUUCCGUUUCUAAAUGUUUUAGUGAAACCUAAAAAAGGAAGUCUUCUCUUUUGGUACAAUUUGCAUAGUUCGGGAGAUCCUGAUUACCGUACCAAACAUGCGGCAUGCCCAGUACUAAAAGGGACAAAGUGGAUUGCAAAUAUUUGGCUGCGUAUUCGUGAUCAAAUAUGGAACAGACCGUGUAGUCUAAUAUCAGACCAUAACUUAUCGAUAACAUAUAGAGAUUACGAUUAAAUUACUUGCAAAUUAAAACUAGUAUAAUCAUUUGUUAUUUAAUAUCAUUUUAAUAUAUUAUAUUUUACAAUUUUGA